AUGGUUAGAGAAGUAAAGCUAAUCAAGGAUAUUCAAGCUCAACAAAGAGGUUGGACAGUAAAAGUGGUGGUUAUUGAGAAAGCAAUGCCACGAGUUUCUAAAUCAAGUCCAAACAAAUAUCAAAGGUUAAUCUUAGCUGAUGAAGAAGGUAAUAAGAUCCAGGCUACAAUAUAUGGUGGAAACAUUCACAUCUUCCGAGACACACUCAUAAUUGGAAAAAAUUAUUAUAUUUCUAAUGCUUGGGUUAAAGAAAUUGAUGUGAUUGGAAUAGCGAUUGAAAUCAAGCCAAAAAAGGAGAUAAUCACGAAUGAUGGUUUAGAGAUUGUCCAAGAUAUGACUUUGAUGAAUGAUAAUAUGGAUACUGUGAUGCUUACCAUGUGGAACCAAUUUGUGAACAAUAAAUGUACUCAAAUUUUGAAUAUUAUGAAUAGAAAACCAAUCAUAAUUGGGUGUCGACUUAAAGUUAGCUCAUAUAAUGGUAUCUCACUUUCAACCAAAUCCUCCAGUUCAUUUGUUAUUGAACCGGAGAUACCACAAGCAGCUGCUUUAUCAAUUUGGUAUAAUGCUAAUGCUGAAAAAGCCAUGGACAUAAUAUGUGGAAGGAUUGGUCUUGAGACAAAGUCAUUAUCUACACUUCCUUCUGUUGAGGACAUCGUUACCAUUAAGAUGAUCGAUAAUCAACUUAAUACGAGGUUUAACUGCCUGUAUUGCAGACAUGAUCAAGUUAAAGCUAUGCCAAGGUGCCAAGUCAUUGUUGAUUUGAUAGAUGAGUCUUCAUCUUUGAAUGCUACAUCGUUCGGAAAUCAAGCUGAAAAAUUUCUUGGUUGCACUGCAUAUGAGUUGAUGAAUAAAUCUGAUGGGAUAAAGCAAAUAAGCAAUGAAGAUAAAGUCCUAGCUGAUUUGGUUUCAAAGCCUACUGCAAGAAACAAUGCAACAAAGAAACUAAAACUGAUGAUUUCCAAAAGUGCAGGUGAGGCAGAUCCAAUAGCGCUGAAUGUUGAAAGUUCUCAUUUAGAAUUUGGUGAAGGGGGUAGGAAGCAGUUUGCCGAGCUUAAAGACAAUGCUUAA